CGACACUGAGCGACCGACCGAAAUGUCGCGAGUUGCGACUCGCGAGGGUCGUAGAUAGUGAACGUAAUUCGAGUUCAGCGGUGAAAUGUUAUGACGUGCAGCAACUGCCUUUGUUUCAAUAACAUUCGAAUAGUUUUCCAAAAGGACCUUAGUUAACAUAAUGUAAUAUCAACGUGAUAUACAUUAAAGUGUUCGAAUUAUGAUUUUUCCCAAAGUAUGAUCGUGCCACGAAGAAUUAGCAUAGUUAGGUGUUCACAUUGGUUAAGUUCAGUGAAUGUUGUGCCAAUAAUGAGAUAGUGCAGUGUCUGUGAUGCGGCUGUGGGACAUGUGGGGUGUGCUGUGGACCCUUGAGGCCCUGGCGCAGCUCGCGGGGGUGUUUUCGACGCCGUUGGAGCCCGCGCCACUGUCUCUGAGAGGGUUGUCACCUUUCGUGCGGCACUGGCAGCCGGCGCGCUACGAGCCGGUGGCGCGACCACGGCGGCGCCGCGCCGUGCCGCUCACCCCGCCCCCCGCCACGCUGCGCCUCGUCUUCACAGCUCACAACAGGAAGUUUCGAAUAGUUCUUCAGCCCGACCCGAGCUCCGUGUUCGCGGAGGGCGUGCAGUUCCACUCCUCCGCCGGGCCCAUCGACUACAACACCAAGCUGGUUUAUUCCGGGAAACUGGAAGAUGACGAUGCUUCACUCGUUUACGGAGUCAUCACCGCAGACGGUCUCUUCGAUGGAACAAUAUGGACUCCUACAGAAGAAUAUUACGUUGAACCUCUUUCCCGGUACGACGUCAACCACCCUUCCAUGCACAGUGUCAUCUACAGGAGAUCAGACGUCGAGCAUCCACAUGCUGGCCAUGAGAAUCCUUGUGCUUCACAUCUACUGCACGUCAAAGGCAAGCUCGGGUACCAAGGGGAGCUGUUCAACUUUACUGACCAAGUAAUCGUUGAAGAAGUGCCCUUCAGCAACCACACAGAAGACUUGAAUAGCGAAAUAAACAGACGAAAGAAGCGAUGGCUUCCCGAUGACGAAAUGCAAGACGACGAGCCAAAGAAGAACCCCGAACUUCCGUUAGACUUAGACGUCCCGUACACCAGUAAUAGUGAUCCCUUUGAAAAGUUCAGUACGAGAAAACCAAAAACCAAAAUCGAUAAGAGUAACCUCAUUACUAAAGUGCGACUCGACUCUGAGGAAUCGAGACCGAAGCCAAAGACGCAUGUCGAAGUGAUAAAAACUAAAGCAGGUGUUGUCACUGUUAGUAAGGAUAUAGUUAAGAAGGAGCCAGUAGGGUAUACUGUACUCUCAGCGAACGCGAGCGACGACGGGAGGCACGUGAACAAAAGAGCUACAGUAGAUCCAAGAAAAACAACUUGUUUAGUAUAUUUACAAGCUGAUCAUAUGUUUUAUCAGAGAUAUGGUUCGGAAGAAGCGUGUAUUGAAGUUAUGACUCGUCACGUACAGAAAGUUAACGCUAUUUAUAAAGUGACAGAUUUCAAUCAAGAUGGAAAACCAGAUAACAUUACGUUCAUGAUUAAAAGAAUUAAGGUCCACACACUAGACGCUCUAAAAGACCCAGCUUACAGGUUUCCUAACAAUUACGGGGUAGAGAAGUAUUUGGAACUUUUUUCAGAGGAAGACUACGACGCGUUUUGCCUGGCGUACAUGUUCACGUAUCGGGACUUUGAGAUGGGUACACUGGGAUUGGCGUGGACGGGGGAUCUGAAGAACGCUGGCGGAGUAUGCGAGAAGAAUGGCCACUACCGCGGCAGCAUGAAGUCGCUCAACACCGGCAUCGUGACGUUGCUGAACUACGGCAAGCACGUGCCGCCCGCCGUCUCGCACGUCACGCUCGCGCACGAGAUCGGGCAUAACUUCGGAUCGCCGCACGACCCAGAAAUGUGUACGCCCUUUGGGGAGGACGGAAAUUACAUAAUGUUCGCUCGCGCCACCAGCGGCGAUCGAAAGAACAACAACAAAUUCUCGCCUUGCUCCCUGCGAGCUAUAGACCCCGUGCUCAACAACAAGGCUCGCUCGCCGAAGGGAUGCUUUACCGAGCCGCAGCCAGCAAUCUGCGGCAACGGCGUGGUGGAGGAAGGCGAGGAGUGCGACUGCGGCUGGGCGUCCGAGUGCACGGACGUGUGCUGCCGUCCGCAGGCCGUGCGCCCGCACUACAAGCCCUGCACGCUCACCGAACACAGCGUUUGCAGUCCUAGUCAGGGUCCCUGCUGCACGUCGUCAUGCACGCUCAAGUUCGGCGACAAGUGCCGCUCGGACAACGGCUGUCGUGACGCAGCGCACUGCGACGGCAAGCGCGCCGCCUGCCCCGCUAGCCGACACAAGCCCAACCGCACUCGAUGCGACAAGGAGCUCGUCUGCUUCAUGGGAGAAUGUACCGGCUCCAUCUGCCUUGCGUACGGGCUGGAGUCCUGCCAGUGCGCGCCGCGCAAGGACGACCCGCGCUCCGCGUGCGAGCUGUGCUGCCGCAAGCCGGGCGGGCCCUGCAUCUCCUCCUUCCACUGGAACUCCUCGCCGUACGAUGUGCCGGACAUGUACGCUAAACCCGGCACGCCUUGUAACGAUUACAAUGGGUAUUGCGACGUGUUCCAACGCUGCCGCGAAGUGGACCCGUCGGGACCUCUGGCCACGCUGCGCAAGCUGCUGCUGUCGGACGAGAGCAUCGCCGGCUUCAAGCGCUGGGUGCUGCGCCACUGGUACGCCGUGCUGCUCAUACUGCUCGCAGUUAUCGCACUACUGGUGGCUAGCACCCGCUUCUUCGGCCGCCAAGCUAAGAAGAUCAAAUCAGUCACAAUCAUCCACUCCUCCACCACCGAGACCGUCCGCCUGCCCGACGCCGCCGACCAGGGGCUCAUCGUGCACACUGCUGUUAGAUCAAAAGUUCCUCUGAAAAAGAAAGUGGCUCUAAGAACGCGUGCUUACCGGAGUAAGAAGGACGCGCAGAAAAGCGACAAAGCAUCCCCCUCGCACAACACCAAGAAGAGAAAGCCAAGCAUUCCACCAAAGACAGAUGAAACCAGUAAAGUUCUGAAAGAAAGUACAGCGGUCGUGACGAACGCGGAGGGUAAAUCUCCGAAGCAUGUCAUUUUAUCGAAACAUAAAAACAAAGUGAAGAAACGAAAAUUGAAAGUUAAGAAAGAAACGAUUGACUACAGUUCCAUGCAAAAGCAUUCCUCGUCCACUCCCGUUAAAGAUACCGAAGCUCUAACUAAAGUACAAAAGUGGCUCCUCAGCUCCCCCCAGCCUACAUCCAUUCCUAAAUCUAAAUCUAUUCCAUUAGGUCUCACAGAAAGAACGCAUAGACAAGCCUCAAAGAGCACCAGAAAAACUAGACCGUCCAAAAGCGCUACCAACCUACUCUCCGGAGAAAAAACUAGGUUACAAGUAGUUUUCAAGCCUCCGUUCCGAUUUAGUGUUAAAAUUUGUAAGAGCGACAAAACGAAAGUCGUGCUCGAUAAAUCCUCGAAACCCGACGUAGACAGGAAACGACACGACACAUUGCCCCAGCUCGCCUGUCCCGCUGACGCCAAACCUAGUUCUAAAGCACCAAAACACGCCAGGAACGGCGCAGACAAUAACAAUGUUCCCAAAACUGAGAACACGACACAGGAAGGAGUUAGUCAUGGAUACGAAAAUUUGCUGCCACGCAGUGCGAGCGACUGUAAGUUGGGAAAGAAAAUACCCGAUCUAAAAAUUCGGAAGGGGCACAAAAAGAGCAACUCCGUGGAUCAGAAACGUGAGACGACGGAGAGUCGACAGAACCUCAUAUCGCACGAGGACUUCGACAACGCACACGUGUACGAAAACGUACUGUUGAGCCACGACGCUUUCGUUCCGAAAAGCUGCAGCAUGCCGCGGCGUCAGACCGGCGCCGGCAUCGCGCGGCAGAGCAGCUACGGCCACCUGCCGCGCGCGCACAUCCGCCCGCACCGCCACAGCACCAACAACGUGAGUCGGUCGAGGAACAACAGCACCAACGAACCCGAGCACUUCUACAACAUCAUAGAGACGCUAAGGAGAGAUAAUACGGUCACGAACAACAGUAGCAACACUAACACGAGUAGCUCCUCGGGAAGCAGCAGUCGGGACGCAGUUUCGAGGAACGGGAAGACGUCGCGACAGAACAGUCUAGUCGAUAAACGCUCGAGCGCGGCCGAGCCCGCCUCGAAGCUCGCGCGGCAGGCCAGCGAGGCGGAGCUGUGCGAGACGGGUGCGGGGGGCGACAGUCUGCGGGGCUUCCGGCUGGUGGUGGGCAAGAACAAGCUGGCGCGGCAGCUGAGCGACAACGCGCUGCGCGGCUCGCGGCUGCAGCUCGCCAUGCCCAUGUCGGCGGGCGCGGAGCCGCGGCCGGCCUUCUGCUGGAACAAGCGCGCGUCGCUCGACUGCGAGGCGUCGCUGCCGGCGCGCCCGCGCUCCGCCGCCAAGAGAACCACCUAUACCUUCGGUGAGCUCAAACACACCGUCCCGAACUCCGCCGACGGUUCCGCCGUCGACGGAAUUCACAUCUCCCCGGAGGACUUCCUCAAAAUUAUCGACAACUAGUCGAAUCUCGAGUGGGACUUAGGUUAGUCGUUUCUACGAAAGUGUAAUAAACUAAUUAAUCGAUGUGUAUAUUACUGAGAUAUCCGCAGAUGUAUCUAUCGCCGGCUGAUGUAAAUAUUGUAAUGUGCUUCUAUUAAUCGUUAGGAUAGCGCGCCACUGAAACAGGCCAUUGCUCAGUUGCGUUAGGUAAAUAAAUACUCGGGUCAAACUUGGAUUGUGUUACUGAUACUUACAUUUUGCCUCGCCAGCUAGCAUUUUGAUAUAUCCCAAUGUUGCCAUCUUUUUCAUUAAAUUAUAGCUACCUACUUGUUAAAAUAGAUAUUUAAGUGAAUUUAUGUAUUCUCCGUAUUUAACUAUAGCCUUAGAUCCACACUCUCCAGGAUCCUUUGGUUAAGAUAAUCGUUAGAUGUAUUUAAUAGGUAAAUUAUAAUAAUAAUUUAUGAUUUGUACGCUGGCAAUGGUUUCGUUUCACUGAACGAUCUCUAUAAAUGAAUCUCUAUUUUUUCUACAUACUAUGUACCUAUUGUACAAAUUUACUCAUACUUAUGUAAAGUGUUCAUAUAUAAUUAUUUUAAUACAAUAAAUUAUGUAUUAAUUAUGCAG